UUUCUGCCCCCAUAACCUAAUCUUCAAACUUCAUUCCAAAUUAUUCCACCAUUUCUGCCUCAUAAUUAUCAAAAAAGCAUCUUUGAAGUCUUUUCAUUAAUUCUCAUAUCUUCAGUUAACAAAUCCUAGAGUUUAUUAUGGCCACUCCUUCUUUUCAUGAUUUGAAGAAACAAGCUUCUUUCUUUUUCAAAGAGAAAAUCAAGACUGCUAGAUUAGCCCUCACUGAUGUCACCUCUGCUGAAUUAUUGACUGAAGAAGCCAUUAACGGGAACCCUGAUGCAAGAACUUUGAGUUCAAUUUCAAGGGCAGCUUUUGAGGUUGAUGAUUAUUGGAGAAUUGUAGCAAUUCUUCAUAAAAGAUUGGUGAAAUUUGAAAAGAAGAAUUGGAGAAAUUCCUACAACUCUCUCAUCAUUCUUGAACAUCUCUUGACUCAUGGACCAGAGAGUGUAGCAAAGGAAUUUGAGAGCGAAAAACAUGUUAUUACCCAAAUGGCUAACUUCCAAUAUGUCGAUGAAAAAGGGUUCAAUUGGGGCAUUUCAGUUAGAAAGAGAUCAGAGAGAAUAUUGAAUCUACUUGACAAAGGAUCUCUUCUCAAGAAUGAGAGAGAGAAGGCAAGAAAAUUGACCAGAGAGAUUCUUGGAUUUGGUAGCUUCUCCAUGAGAUCAAAUUCUCAAGGAAUUUUUCAACAUCCUUCUUCACCCAUUGCAAGAUAUGGAAAGUGCAAUUCCAACUUCAACAGUCUUGACAAUAAUAUUCUUCACCAAGACGGUUCUGCGGUAGAUGGCCAGAAGAUCAAAAUGCUCGAAACUCGAGAAGGCGUGGAAGACAACUUUUUGGUUGGAAUAAACAAGGAAGAGUUGCUUAGAUGGGAUGAUGAUGGUGUGUGCAAGGUGAAACCCGUUCUGAGUGGUAAGAGGGAGGAAGAGGAGUUGAAGAAUGGAAUCUCUAGUGAUGGUUACGAUCAUCCAUUCAUCGACGACGAACUCAAAACGAAUUUCUCAUUGCUUUCGAGAUAGGGAGAGAUAAAGAGGAAUUGAUGAUUUGUUUUGAAUUCCAUUCAUGAAUAAAAAUGUCUUAUACUUAUACGUAACUGACUAGAGAUUAACAUCGUAUUACCAAAUGGAAGUUGAAAGCUAAAAAGUUAUUUGGCAUAUAUAUAAUAUAUAGUUUUGUAAGAAACUUACAUAUUUGAUAUGUUACUCCUUUUAUGAUAUAAUGUUUGGAGUUGUCA